AUGUCCAAAGACGACGCCGAACCCUCAUACAUUGACUAUGAAGCCUUUCUCGACCCAGACUUCUCGGCAACGUCCUUUGCCAACACGCUCGUCCUCUCGACCAACAACCCCUCCGACACCCCGCUAGACUUGUCGACACCGCUGUCACGCGUUCUUUUCGAUGUCCAGGAAGUCGACACGCACAUUGACACGCUUACGACCAAAUCGGCAUUGCCGCUGCUAGAACACACGCGCGAACAUGCAGACUCGAGUGCGCGCAUCCUGCACGAGGUAGAAGGCCAGGUCGCCAGUCUGACCGAGUCGUACCGGACACUCGAAAAAGAAGUCAUUGAGCGGUACGAAGUCGCCGCCCAGGUCCAACUCACGGCCGAACGCCUCUGCGAGACGGUCAAGCUGGGGCGCGCAGUAGCCCGCUGUCUGAUGCUCGGCCGCCAACUCGAGGUCCGCAUGGCGGAGCUGGGUGGCGUAGGCAGCGCAAAGAAGGAAGACCACCGCGCCAUGGUGCGCUCUACCGACACCAUUCUGUCCCUCCGCCAGAUCCUCUCUGCCUCGAAACCAGGUGAAGAAGGCGAGGGCCUCGAUCGCAUCAACGCAAUCAACACUUUAAAAGCCGAACUCGUGAACCCCGGUGAACGCAGCAUCGCUUCGCGCGCCAACCAAGUAAUCAAGGAAUUCUCAAUGUCCUCCCUACUCUCCUCCUCCUCUGCUACCGCUUCGUCUGCAUCCACCUUCUCCCAAAACGAAGACACAAAAGCUCGCACGACAUCCGCUUUGCAAACACUCUACUUAUUAUCCCCCGUACCAGCAUCAUCUUCCACUAAACCCUUCGAGCCAACACUGAUGCUCACCGCACUCCAAGAACACGUCCAAACGCAGCUCAAAUCCUCGCUUGCCUCGCUCGCCCGCGCUCUAGCUCAACUACCGUCUCUCGACCGUGCGUUGCUCGAGAUAUCAGCGAGAUGUCAGAAUAUAGUUGCCCUGCAGUCGCUUUUGGAGUCGAUAAAGACGCCAUCUCAUCCCCUUCUGUCUGCGGCAUUGCAGCAGCAGGGGAAUUUACUACAACCGCUACUACAAGCACUAGAUACGUCGUCCCUUCCUAGCUAUUUCUGGCGUACACUCGCAUCGAACAUGGCACCGAGAGUGCAGGAUCUGAUGAAUAGAGGGGGAGUGUCUGCGCGGACGCUCAAGAGUAAUAAGGAAAAGGUGAGGGAGUCGGUGAGGGAGUGUGUGAAUCGCGGGAGUCAGUUCCCUGGGAAUAGUAAUUUGGCAAAAGGUGCUGGCAAUAGUAGUAGUAGUGCGGCGGUGACGUGGGAGAGAGAAGCUGCUGUCAUGGUGAGUAGCAUUGUUGGGCAGAUCAAAUAA